UAAUAUUUUUACAUAAUGGCAACAGACAAACUUAAAAAGAGUGUUUAUAAAUAUUGCUUUGUAUCACUUUGUAAAAACACAAGUGUAAGUACACCAGAUAAAAUAUUCUUAAAUGUGCCCGAGUCCAAAAAAUUAAGAAGAAACUGGUUGAAAGCUGCAAGAUGUGACAAAAAAGAUGUUUCUGAUAAAUCCCACUUAUCUUGCUGCGAAGAUCAUUUUGAUAUUGAAAAUGAUCUUGAAAAUUAUAUUCAAUAUAAGCUAAUGGGAUUAAAAAGACUUGUGCUUAAAAAAGGUAUCAUUCCACAUACAUUUGAUUGUCAUUCUGAUCGAAAAAGAUCUUCUACCUAAAUCGUCCAUCAUUAUUUAAAAAAAAUAAAAUAAAAUUAGAAGUGGAAAAUGCAGUUGGCGAAUAUAGUUUAAAUAAAAGUAAAGUUUUAUAAUUUUUAAUUAUUUUAUACAUUUUUGAUACUAAUGGGAAACUUUUACAAUAAUUUAUUGUUAAUGAUAGGUGGUAUUAUCUCUGAAGAUAUCUGUAUUGAUGAUCAAAGUAGUACAGUUGAUUCAAAGGAAAAAGAAUGUGUGAUGCACAUUACUAAAACUAGUGAUGUUGGUGUACAAGUCAAUUUAAAAAAUUUGAAAAGCACAAGAUCCAAAGAAUUCAAUGCAGAUUAUCAGAGAAUUCAACUAAAUUUAAAACAAUAGCUUGUUCACCUAUUAAAGUAAACCUUUUAGAAUCUUGUUACACUAAAAGUUUAAAAGUAAAAGAAAACUAUUGUUCAGUCUCAGAAUCUAGUGAUAACAGUUCAGAAACAUCAGAUACUUUAGCUCUUUCUAGUUCUGUCGAAAGUGAAAAUUCAUUUAACUUUGAAUUUGAAUAUACUAAUGAACG